UCAUGCACACAAGCCACCUAGUCCACACGCUCGACACGAGCACGCACAGACAUGAACACGCAGCAGCAACCGAAACACGCACAGACAGUGACAGACAGACAGACAGACAGACAUGGAUAUACGAACGUAUAGUACACACGCACCCAUCCAACACACGUGUAGGCAUGCAUCACCUUGCUGACUUACCAAUGAGUUCGCGCAGGUCCCUUCGCGCGUUGAGUUUGACGCACAGCAUGCGGGCGUUCUUAAUCAGACGCAUCAUGCUGUGCAUAUUAAUAUUCUGCACACACGCACAUACAUCAAUAAAAGCACGUGUCCAUAACGCGUGUCACCUGGUAAGUGAGACAGAGGCCGUCCAGCAGGCGCUGCCAACAGCCGGGCAUUGAAGCCCUGCAUAAUUGCGUAAGUGACACAGAAAUUGGCACAGGUGAGAUUCAUGCGUCGGUGAGACUGAUCUUUGUCCGCAUCUGUGUACGUGGGUACGACUUCCCAGAGUGACGACUGCACUCCCCCGCCCUCAUCGUCACCCACACCCGUGCUGAACAAACAAACAACUAUCACCGACACACACGCACCAAUGAGUGCUCACGCGUUGAUGUCAUCAUGUGUCGGCGGUACGUACCUGCUGGGCCUGUGCUUCUUUGGGGGGAUGUUCGUGUCGGGCACCAGAUCCUAAAACCAUAAGGCUGCCUGCACAGACAGAGAAGAGCAUGCAUGUACAACACACGCAUACAUCCAUCCAUGUGUGCGUGAGUGCGUGAGAGCGUGGGUGCCUGUCUGAUGGGUCUGUCCAGCCCCCGCGCCGUCCACUCGUGCUGGUCAUCAGUCAUGCUGGGACAAACAAUCCAGGAACGCUGAAUACCGCAAACACACACAUUUACGUGAAUGAAUAAACGAGUGAAUGAAUGGCUGUGUCGUACCCUCGUGGUCAUGAUCGUCGGUAUGCUGCCGCUCCGCGAUGGGCGGGGGGAAGGGUUUCAGCGCAAUCACUGCACGCCAUACACACACACACACGUGCACUGUGCACCGACCGAGAGAGCGUGCGGCGGUGUAAGGGUCUGUACGGACCUUUUUCUGUGGUGGGUUGUUAGGAAGCAGACGCACACGAUACGAUAUACAUUCAUGGACGUGGGGGGGUGUCCGUGUGCGUAGGUACCUGAGGAAGGUGACGCUUUCGGUAGGGCCUCUCAGCUCGACCGACGCUGCGGUUGAAGCCGUCAAGACUACACAACGUACAUGCAAGAAAGAUCGAUACAUACAUGUAUGUGUGAGUGGGCAGGCAUCUAUUCACUGACCCGGCGUCCACAUCGUUGCAAAACACGGUGGCCACGGCACCAACAGGAUAAUCCACACACGUACACCCAUCCAUCGAUCCAUCGUGCCUCUAUGCUGUUCUCAUCGACCUACCUGCCAUUCCGGGCAUUCCGCAGCUGAGAGUCAUUUUGGAGGGGACGUGUGCAGCGGGAGGUAGUAGUAGUACUGGCGCAGCCUCUGGCAGAUGGGCAGGUCGCUCGCUCGCUCGCUCGCACGCUCCCACGCUCGCAAAGACAUGCAGGCUGCAGACACACACUCACUCGAUUAAUUGAGCACGUGUGCAUCAAUCUCUCUAAGUGUGCAUGUGUGACUACCAUGUGUCUGCACUUGAGUCCGCUCAUGUCACAACGCAACCCAGCCAGGAAAUCAGUCAACAAAGGGGAACCUAUAGAUACCACACAUAUCACGUAUGAAUGUGGGUGGGUGGAUGGAUGGAUGUGUGCAUCAUGGUGCCCUCUGAGUGAAUGCGUACCGAUCUUGAUGCUCUUCUCGCACCGUUUGCGAUCCUUCUCCAGCUUCUCAGCUGCCUUGGCCAGCAGAGCUCGCACCUCUGAACACACAUACACACACACAAAUACACGCGUACAUCCGUAUAUGCGUACAGUGGUGCUUCUGACCUUUAGCCUGUGAGGUGUGUGCGGCCAUGAGCUCAUGGAUGUCGGGGGAGGGGGGAGGCACAGAAGGCUGCACGCACGGACGCACAACCAUGAAUGUGUUUUGUGCGCAUAGAAAGAUGGAUGCUUGCCCCUGUGCGGCCUCGUCAAGCAAAGACUGUUAUUCAGAUAGAGACAUGUACAGAGAGAGGUGAGGUGAGAGACGCAUACACUAGUCCUGUUGGUGCGGGAGCAAUGCAAUUACACCCAUCCACCCCCUCACCUCGUCGUGUUUCUUCCUCUUGCCGGCCGUGCUGGGGGCCGGCAGGCAAAAGUAAUGUACAAAUGCAGAUGGAUGCUGCAGGUGUGGCUGAAUGGUCGAUGUGUACACGUACCGUUUGUCGUUUGCGGCCGGGCGGGCUGUUGUUGUCUUGCUUGCGGGGUGCUGAGUUCGUCGUCGCCCUACUCGCCCUACCGGUGUCCAAGUAUUCAUAUGUGUAUGCAGAUGGAUGGAUGGAUGGAUGGACUCACCUUUGCAAAUGCGGAUGGCGGAGCCAUUGGGGAGCGAUUCUGUGAACAUACAGGUAAGGUGCCUGUGCAUGCGUAUUGUAUAGGCAGGCAUGAGACCUCCGUCCACUCAGCCUCACACCCAACAUGGUGGUUGUCGUGAUCAUGAUCCUGGUCGUCAUUCCCGCUGCAGCACACAGGCAGACACGCAGACAAGCACACACACAUGGAUGGAUUUGCUCCACGUGUAAUACGUGUUGUGUGGGCACGUGCGCACCUGGGUGAACAUCCAUCUCAUUCAGCACGGCGAAGGCGUUCUCGGUCGACCUGUAUACGCACACAUACAGACACACGUGUAUGCAUCCCCUCGACGGUCCGUUCGUCCGUCCAUACCUCUCUCUGCUGGGGCACAAGGAGGUGGUGUUGAAGGAGGGGGUCAGGACGGACCUGGUGAUCCGUGGUGUGUGGGACCGCCAGAGGGAUGCAUCAUUCGACGUGUGCGUCACUGACGCUGAUGCUCCCUCAUACGGUACUCGCCCCACGCGAUCCAU